ACGAGGUUCACGCAGACAAGGCGUGCUUCGCUGAGGCACGUAGUCUGGCUGCUAACCGAAGCUGUUGAAGCCUGGCCGCCUCUGAGCAAGUCGCAUCUUCGCCGAGAGUAGUCGAUGAAAAGCUCGGAUCACGUUGGAUCACACGCUCGUUUCCCGCCUUCGAUCUAGCUCUCGCUUGCCCGCAGUGGGCUCCAGCGACCAUGGCGUCUCCCAAGUCCCAAUCCCAGCUACAACUCCCGCCUUUGCCAAAUCUUUCAACGCCACAGCCCGCGCGUACCCUGAGACGGUUCCAAUCGCAUCAGAACCUGUCAACAAAGCCGCAAUCCCUCUCAACUCCAUUGCGAGGGCAAUCCCAUCGCGGCUCGUUAAACCAGCAAUCCGACCAGAAUGCAAAUCAGAAUAACACGCAGACUGCCACGGCGACGACGCCUGUACAUGGCCGCCACCGGUCAAAUAGCGAUGUUACGAGUCCCACUGCGAUGAGGACAAUGACCCAGAAGUCUCGUUCUUCGACCAGAAAAUCGGGAUCAAUGGGAUUUCCGGGAAAACGAUCUGGGCUUGAGCUGUUGCUGCGAGAUGGACCACCAGGGAAUGACCUUGUCGCUGGAUUGGAUGAGUUAAGAUAUCUUAUUUUGUCUAAUAGAGUGGAUGCUGAUGGAGAUGGCAUGUCUACACAUCGCAUCUACGUUUGGCUAGCUCUUCUUAAUAUUCCUCCUCUUCCUACCGACGAAUAUCUCUCCCUCGUUCACAGAGGACGCUCACCGGCCUAUGCCAAAAUCCGUAAUGACACUUUUCGCACACUCGCUACGGAUCCUUUGUUCAAACGCCGGGUCACGGAAGCCAGUCUAAUUCGCCUACUCAACGCUGUGGCCUGGAAAAUCCACGAUUCAAAAGGAGGAGGAUCCUCAAGGGGAAAGCAGCCAACGUCAAUGGUGUCCAAUAGUAGGCGACACUCAAGUAAAUUAUCCAUGGAUGCACUUCCUUCGCCAAUUUCAGAAUACCCUGCGUCUCCCUCAUCUACCCAAACAAACACCGCAGAUACAGCAAUAUACGUGCAGGGUAUGAAUGUUCUCUGUGCUCCCUUCCUUUACGCAUCACGAAGCGAAGUCGAAGCCUUCGCCCUGUUUCACCACUUCAUCACACAAGAAUGCCCAGGAUAUAUCCGCGGUGCCAUGGACGGGGUGCACAAGGGUUUAAAAUUGGUAGACAAAUGUCUCGAAGUGGUCGAGCCCAAGUUGGCCAAUCACCUAUUCAGCAAGGGCAUGCAUGCCGAGCUGUAUGCAUUUCCAUCGGUGCUCACAUUAUGCGCGUGCACGCCACCUCUCCCGGAGGUUCUGCAUCUGUGGGAUUUCCUUUUCGCGUAUGGGCCGCAUUUGAAUAUCCUGUGCAUCGUGGCUCAGUUAAUUAGAAUGCGCGAUACGUUACUGGGCACUUCUAGUCCCAAUAAACUUCUCAGAUCGUUCCCUUCCCUUGAUGCGAAAGAUAUCAUUGCUCUUGCUGUUUUAAUUGUGAGGAAGAUUCCUGAGGAUUUAUAUGAACAGCUCGUCCAACAUGCCAAAUAGCCAUAGGAAGCGACCAAAUG